AUCUACAUAGCAGCGACAGAACCUAUGAGCAGUUUUGAUUAAGAAAUUUAGUAAACGGCAUGAGUUUUUUGUACUGAGCAAACUAACGCAAAGCUUCUGUUUCUUAAGAUACACGGCGCACAACGUAGUACCUAGGUCGUACUUAGAAGGGUGUUAUCCGUAUCCUACAAUUGUUGAAAUUCAUCUACCAUUGCGUGUCAGAUAAAAAUUACUAGAGAGCUGCGAUCGAUUGACGAUACAAGUACAACAACGACAAGAACAAAGAAGCCCUCACUUCUCUUAACAAGACGAGAAAGAAAAUGGCGGCUCUGAGUGGUUCUUCGUUGAAUGCAGGAGGCACGGGUUCUGGAGGGUCCUCUAGUUCCUCUUCAGGCAUUUUUUCGCGCAAAUUGGGUUACCUGCCUCAUCGGAUAGCGGCUGGGCCCUUAAUCAACGGAAACAGAUUGUUGGCUGUCAGCAGUUUUUCAGAUUCUGCGGUCUCUACAAAUCAAGUGCAAGUUCUAAGCUUCGAUGGUCGAAGUUUUUCAGAUGUACUGACUUUCCCGAGCUGCUUCCCUAUGAACAGCCUGUGCUGGGCUAGCCGGGGGUCCUCGUCGUCAAGCGGUGGAGGUGCACUGGAGAACAAGACGCAGCGUAGCGGAAAAACCGGCGCGACAUCGCCAGAAACGUAUAGUCCGGCAAUGAGCGGGAUCGACCUCGACCAGGAACAGGAUGGAGGAAGCUAUGCGUACAACGAUUCUGCGAUAAACAAUGCUGCGUAUGUCCAGAAGAUGAAUGCCCAGAGGUAUCUAUCGCCUGGUGCGUGCACGGAAGACCAAGAGCCUGACGCCAAAACGUUUCUGCUCACCGCGUGCAGCACAGUCCGUGUCUACGACAUUUCCGCGGGACAAGCCCAGAUGGAAAACGUGAGGGAGUUCCGCCACAACAACGUAGCUUCCGGAGGAAGUGCACCAAAUACAAACGGACUGACGUCCUACUGCGCACCAGUGACGGGAGUUGCAGCAGCAGACCAAGGCGCUUUUGCAGUCUCCUGCGACGUUUACGGUUACGUCUAUAUCUGGGACAUCGAGAGGGGAGUCUCGGUCUCGCAACCAAUUGACAUAAACAUGCCGCUUUUUGACGUCUGCUUCAGACCAGGCAGCGCGUACUUGCUACAAGAUGAUUGGAUUUUGAUGCACAUUUAUUUCCUAGACUUUUCAAUGAUUUAGAUGUUUUUUUCGACCGACUGUCGGUUUGUGUAUGAAUUUUCAUCGUCAAGAUUGUUACUUCGAUUCAUGAUUGAGAGUGUUAAAUAGAGGCAACCUGCUGUGCGCAACGGCACUAUCUACUAGUAGCACGCACCUCUGGUGUCAAAAAUGCUGCACAAGGAAUAUCAUUUGCAUCUUCUUGUUCGUCUUCAUAUUCUCAGGUCAGAGAUCGCCGUCGCAGGAAGCGGACAGAUCGGUCUUUAUGACUUACGAGAGCCACAAAAAGGGCUAUGCAUGGUCGACGCGCCAGUAGAUGCGCGCGCCUCCGGUCCGGGACGCCUCAGCUGGGCUCGUAACGACUUUCUAGCUGCCGCUUGGAUGGGUGAAGGAACGCAGUUUGGCCUUUGCGUGUACGAUCCUCGCGAAUGCCUCGCAACCAAUUUUCAGCUGCCAACAACAUCAAAAGCCGCUGGUGAAGGCCCCGUCGACGUGGCGUGGUCGGGAACCGCAAUGGUUGCAGCACUAGAAAGCAAGGGACAAUGCGUCAGUGCUCGUACUCUCUAUUAUAAUUAACCUUUUGCUUGGCCUUCGAGUUUUCUGCGGUUUUUUUUGUCAGCCUCGCCCUGCUGAUGUUGCAACCACUGUCUAAAGAUAUACAACCAAUUUCGCCAACCCAGAAAGUCCAAUCGCACGUCAUUUUUACAAAUAUAUUCAAAUUAAAAUUUCGUUUCAACCAGGUGUCCGUGAGGAUCUGAGCAUUGAAGGAUCGUCGGGUAUCACAUGGGAUCUUGGGUGGCCGGUCACAGCUUUGGCCACGACGACUAUUCCAAGUAUGGGCCACAUUGCGGUUCUUGGCGCCACGAACGAAAAUUUGUACGUCGGACAGCUAGGGAAUCAAUGAUCUUCGCACGACCUGUGAUAGAGCGAUAGGUCCUGCAGCUGCUAUACCCCUGAGCAAAUCCCGUGGCAACUAAUGACUUUCUUAUCCUCCUUCGCGGUAUCGUAUUGAAAAUUUCUGCCUUUCCCUCGAGCUCGAUUGCUGAAGACAUUAGCACUAGCAUCAGGCGAAUAUACUAGAGCCGACGUUAAUGUCGGCGUAGUUUCAACAGUAAUUUGUUCACACCGGGCAUCAGGACGAGGU